GGUUUUCAAGAGUUAUAUACGCAGCGGUUAAACGGCUAAACCCAUGGAACACAGCACCUUCCAGCAAUUUUAACACGCCAGCGCAGUCAGCUAAACCCAUAUUCAGGAUAGGCUAACAAUUUUAACACGCAUGCGCGGCACAUUGUUGUGAUGUUAGCCUGAACCCAACAUGUCUGCCUCCAUGGUUCGAGCGACCGUCCGAGCGGUCAGUAAAAGGAAGAUGAUUCCCACAAGAGCAGCUCUCACUUUGACACCAUCAGCCGUGAACAAGAUCAGGUUGCUGUUGCAACACAAACCAGAAUAUAUGGGUCUAAAGGUUGGUGUGAGAACACGUGGCUGCAACGGGCUGACGUACACGCUAGACUACACCAAGCAAAAAGACAAAUCUGAUGAGGAAGUGCUACAAGAUGGUGUGCGAGUGUUCAUCGAGAAGAAAGCCCAGCUGACUCUUCUGGGGACAGAGAUGGACUAUGUGGAGUCCAAGCUCUCCAGCGAGUUUGUCUUCAACAAUCCCAACAUCAAGGGCACAUGCGGCUGCGGGGAGAGCUUCAACAUUUGAGCCGUCCUAAAGCAACAAAGACUCCACAGGCUGGAGAAGUUGGAACUGAAGAAGAACCCCCGCCUGUCUUUGGACCGCUCAGACAACACGCACACUUUCACUCUUCACCUUUGUGUUACUUUGCCAUUUCUUGCUCACAAGGACCUGGCACAGUGUAUUUAUUCUCCUUAUUCCACAAAACCCAAAACCAGUGAAGUUGGCACAUUGUAGAAAUGGUAAAUAAAAACAGAAUACAAUGAUUUGCAAAUCCUUUUCAACUUAUAUUCAAUUGAAUAGACUGCAAAGACAAGAUAAUUGAUGUUCGAACUGAGAAAAGUAUUUUUUUUUUGCAAAUAAUCAUUAACUUAGAAUUUAAUGGCAGCAACAAAAAAGUUGCCACAGGGGCAUUUUUACCACUGUGUUACAUGGCCUUUCCUUUUAACACUCAGUAAACGUUUGGGAACUGAGAAGACAUAUUUUUGAAGCUUCUCAGGUGGAAUUAUUUCCCAUUCUUGCUUGAUGUAUAGCUUAAGUUGUUCAACAGUCCAGGGUCGCCGUUGUCGUAUUUUAGGCUUCAUAAUGCACCACACAUUUUCAAUGGGAGACAGGUCUGGACUACAGGCAGGCCAGUCUAGAACCCGCUCUCCUUUACUAUUAAGCCACACUAUUGUAACACGUGCAGAAUGUGGCUUGGCCAUGUUAGUGUUGCUUGGACGGCAACAAAUGUUGCUCCAAAAGCUGUAUAUACCUUUCAGCAUUAAAGAUAAUUUCUCAGAUGUGUAAGUUACCAUGUCUUGGGCACUAAUACACCCCCAUACCAUCACAGAUGCUGGAUUUUGAACUUUGCACCUAUAACAGUCCGGAUCGCUCUUUUCCUCUUUAGUCAGGAGGACACAACGUCCACUGUUUCCAAAAACAAUUUAAAAUGUGAACUUGUCAGCCCAAAGAACACUUAUCCAUCUUGCAUCAGUCCAUCUUAGAUUAACUAAGGCCCAGCGAAACCAGCAACGUUUCUGGGUGUUGUUGAUAAAUGGCCUUUGCUUUGCAUAGUAGCGUUUUAACUUGCACUUACAGAUGUAGCGACGAACUGUAGUUACUGACAGUGGUUUUCCAGAGCCCAUGUGGUGAUAUCUUUUACACACUGAUGUCACUUUUUGAUGCAGUGCCGCCUGGGAUGUCAAAGGUCACGGGCCUUGCUGCUUACGUGCAGUUAUUUUUCCAGAUUCUCUGAAACUUUUGAUGAUAUUACGGACCGUAGAUGAUGAAAUCCAUAAAUUAAUGUCCCUAAACUUUUGGACCAUUUGCUCAUGCAUUUGUUCAAAAUGUGGUGAUCCUUACCCCAUCUUUGUUUGAGAAUGACUGAGCAUUUCAUAGAAGCUGCUUUUAUACCCAAUCAUGGCACCCACCUGUUCCCAAUUAGCCUGUUCCCCUGUGGGAUGUUCCAAAUAAGUGUAUGACGAGAAUUCCUCAACUUUCUCUUUUUUGCCACUUGUGCCAGCUUUUUUGAAACUUUUUGCAGGCAUCAAAUUCUAAGUGAGCUAAUAUUUGCAAAAAAUAACAAAGUUUCGUAGUUCGAACGUUAAAUAUCUUGUCUUUGCGGUCUAUUCAAUUGGAUAUAAGUUGAAAAGGAUUUGCAAAUUUUUGUUUAUUUACACAACGAGUUAACUUCACUGGUUUUGGGGUUUGUACAUCAGGGGUGUCCAAACCUUUCCCACUGAGGACCGCACAUCAAAAAAUCAAAGCAUUAGGCGGCCAUUUUCAUCUUUUUCAUUCAAAAAUAAGUAAUUUAUUAUUUUUUUAAUCCAAAGCUUGAAAUCAAUUUAUAAUCUGUCAAUAUAGAGUUGCUUUAAAAAAAAAAGUGUUAUGCCCUUUUUGUCAAAGCCCUGUUUUUAUAUUUAAAAUCAAUCAAUAUUUUCCCCGACGUAAUAAGCAAUUGUAGCCUUAAAUUGCUCAAUAAUUCACAACACCAUGGAUUUUAAUUCUUUACUUUUAAGGAAUGUCAGUUUGAAAAAAUCCUAAUCAUAAAUAAGUCAUCCAAAUGUUUUAAUUUAUUUUUACUUUCAAAGCUAAUGUUUUCAGGUCAACUUCAAAUCUGUUGAUUAUAAGUUUCUAUUAAUUUUUUGUUUUAUGCCCUUUUUGAUAGAAAAUUUUGUUUCUUGUAUGGUAAACACACAAAAUAUGCAAUAUUUCCCCCCCAAAUAUUUCAAAUUGGAAUUAUUGAUGAGAAGUAUUGAACUUGAAUAACAUUGAUUUUGAUCCAUUAUUAUUUUUCAAGCACUGGCCGUUUAAAAAAAAAAAAAACAGUAGGUGUGGCAGCUUUGAGUCAACAUUGCAACUUUUUUCUUACUAAAUUUUACCUGUUUGAUCUUUUAUUCCACUUUUCAAAUCUGUUUUUUUAAAUAGUACAUUUAAAACAACAUUGCAACUUUUUUCUUACUACAUUUCACCUGUUUGAUCUUUUAUUCCACUUUUUAAAUGUGUGUUUUUUUUUUAAUAAUAUAUUUAAAACGUGCAAAUUUGGACACCCCUGUUUUACACUCAGUUGUCACUCCAGCAAGAGAACAGCAUGAUAUAUUUGAAAUAUUGUGUGGAAAAGCCUCAAGUGUCUCCAAAGUGUAUAGUCUGUUGAAAAAUACUGCAUAUAUAUUUAUGUGUACAUAUAUUGUGUAAAUGAACCAAGUAAGCGCACAAUAAAGCAACGCACAAAAAAAUGUACGCGCCACAUUAGUUAUUGUACACAGUUUCUUUAUUGUCUAGCGUCACACGUGUAUAAAGCUGUGUAAUGUAUGUGUACAUACUAAAUAUUAAACCCAGGCUCCUCACUUCA